AUGUCAACAAGGAUGGCUCCGUGGUAUCAGAAUGAUUCAGAAAGGAGGAAGAUUCUCGAAGAGGAAGCCUUGAAACUCACAAAAUUGCAGGAUAUGACGUAUACCCCUGGUCAACAUUUACAUAGAAUUCGCAUUCGAUCUCAAUACCCAUUCGUUCCCACAUCAUCUCCAAUUAUUGGGCAAUCAUAA